UGUACUGUGUCCUUGAUGUCUUUGUUUAAUCUGCAGGGAUUGUGGUUUGACAGGGACUCUCCUUUUUGGAUGUUACCAUGCAUGACUGAUGAUCUAGUCAGCUUAUUGCAUAAAAAAGGUAUUGCUAGUAUCCAGCAGCUGUUGGAUUGUCCUUCAAAAUCUUUGCCAGCUAUCACUGGGAGUUCAGCUGCCUCGAGACUCUAUCAGGAUAUGCAGCACUUCCCUCGGAUUCAAGUUCGACUAAAGAUUCAGAAGAAGGAAUCUAAUGGUGGCAAGAUUUUUACCUUGAACAUUAGAUUGGAAGAUGCGAACACUCAGCGAAGAACAGCAAAAGCUUUUACCCCACGAUAUCCAAAGGUAAAAGAUGAAGCUUGGUGGUUAGUCCUUUGUAAUACUUCGGCAAGUGAACUGUAUGCUCUGAAGAGAAUGUCUUUCUCUGGUCGUUUGCAGACAAACAUGGAUUUGCCAUCCGUUCUGACCAAUUUCCAGGGGAUAAAGCUCAUUCUAGUAUCGGAUUGUUAUCUUGGGUUUGAGCAAGAAUACUCGAUCGAAGGAUUGGCAUAAUUUCGGACAAACUAUAGCAACUCCAUAUGGGACCGAGGCACAGUUGUUGUUGCUGCUGCUGUUGUAUAGAAACUCCAGAUUGAAAUGCAAUGUUCCCAUCAGUCAUUAGAGGUAUGCUAAUGGCUUCUUUAGAAAUGAAACAUUGUUGAGUAUUGCUUUGUAAUACCUUUUGAGCAAUGGAUCCUCAUCUUUCUUUCUUUUUUUUCUUUUUUUGGGUUUUGUUUUUUGGUAAACAAAAUUUUCAUUACCAAGUAAAAACUAUGUACAGCUCAAAAAGUCAAAAGUAAAAAAAAAAAGCAGGAUUGGAACUAGACUACUUCCCAGGUGCAGCUACUAGCCAACAUUCUCCUAAUCAGCUACUUCAUUUUUGCUUUUCA